AUGAGUGUUUCACAUGAACAUGCUAUUGAAAGUUUAUUAAAAAGAAAUAAUAAUCUUGAAUUACUUGUUGAUUAUUGCUUUAGUCAUUCACAUAUUGACACAACAAAAAUAACAAAUAAUCAAACAUUCAUUGAUAAUUUAAAUCAACAAAAAUCUUUACUAAUUAUUAAAUCAUUAUCAAAAGAAUCUGUUGAUCAGUUUACAAAUAAUAUUAUAUUAAAAAUUCUUGAUAUAUUAUCUAAUACUGUUUAUAAAAUCUGUGAACUUACUCUAAUAACAAUACAUCGUAAUGGUAUUAUAUGGUGUGAUGAUUUUCUUGAAAUAAUAGCAAAUGAUAUUAAAACAAGUUAUUCAUAUUUAAUUGAUUUAUUAGAUACAAAUCAUUUAAAUCAAUACAAUGAACAAUUAAUAUUAAAUUUUUUAAAUGAUCACAAAAAUUCUAUUUUAUUUAGUCGAACAUUAUUAAUAUCAUUAUUAUUUAAAGAAAUACCAUUUCCAUGUGCACGUAUAACUGAAAAAUUUUCAUUAAUUCAUUAUUUUUCUAUAUUAAUCUAUCGUACAACGAAUUAUUUAAUUAAAUUUAAUGAAAAAAAAACACCAACAUGGUUAACUUCAGCAUUUAUAUUUAUUGAUCUAUAUGAAAAAAUAUCAGUAGCAUCAAGACGUUAUUCAAUUAUAAACCAAAAUUAUCGUGAUUAUAAACGUAUAUGGCAAUGGUUUGAUGAACGUACUCUACAAUGGUAUAAUUAUUCUGAAGUACAUAAUAAAUAA